UCAGAGGGGGGAGAGGCGGGAUUCCUAGGGUUUCGGAGGAGCUCCGGGAGGCGCUGUCGGCGUUCCAGCAGACGUUCGUGGUGUCGGACGCGACGAAGCCCGAACACCCCAUCAUGUACGCCAGCGCCGGCUUCUUCAACAUGACCGGAUACACCUCCAAGGAAGUCAUCGGCCGCAACUGCCGGUUCCUACAAGGCUCUGGGACUGACCCAGAAGAGAUUGCAAAGAUAAGACAAACAUUGGCGGCUGGAUCAAAUUAUUGCGGUCGCAUAUUGAAUUACAAGAAGGAUGGAACACCCUUUUGGAAUCUCCUAACUAUUGCACCAAUCAAGGAUGAGGAUGGGAAUGUUCUCAAGUUCAUCGGGAUGCAAGUGGAGGUCAGUAAGUACACUGAAGGCAGUAAGGAUACAAUGGUCCGCCCCAAUGGACUGCCAGAGUCUUUGAUCCGAUACGAUGAAAGACAAAAGAAUACGGCCCGUAGUUCAGUCUCGGAGCUCCUGCUGGCAGUAAAGCAAUCCCGUACACUUUCAGAAUCGACGAACAACCCUUUCGGGACGAAAUCUGAAGGCGGUGGAGAAAUGACUAGGCCGGAAAUUCCCGGUAGGAGAAACUCAGACAAUGCAGGUGGUGUUCGGCGCAAUUCGCGUGGUGGGAUGAGAAGUUCGUUGCAGAAGAUAAGCGAACUCCCCGAAAGAGGGAAUAAGUCCAGAAAAUCAGGCCUACGUUCCUUUAUGGGGCUUAUCGGCAUGGGCAAUGCAAAUGCGGAAAAGCAUCAGUUGGAAGUUCCAAUGGAGGAUGAUGCGGUGAUGGAAAGUGAUGACGAAAGACCGGAGAGCUUUGACAAUGAAGCGAGAAAAAAAGAGAUGAGAAAGGGUAUCGACUUGGCUACAACACUUGAACGUAUCGAGAAGAACUUUGUCAUCACUGAUCCGAGAUUGCCCGACAAUCCUAUUAUAUUUGCGUCGGAUAGUUUCCUCGAAUUAACUGAAUAUAGUCGUGAAGAGAUAUUGGGAAGAAACUGCAGGUUCCUCCAAGGUCCUGAAACAGACCGAGAAACAGUUAGAAAAAUAAGAGACGCAAUUGAUAACCAACGGGAUGUCACCGUCCAACUGAUAAAUUACACCAAAAGUGGUAAGAAGUUCUGGAAUCUUUUUCACUUGCAACCAAUGCGUGAUCAAAAGGGAGAGGUCCAGUAUUUCAUUGGAGUUCAGUUGGAUGGUAGCGAGCAUGUAGAGCCACUUCACAACAGCAUUCCGGAGGAUACUGCGAAAGAAGGCGCUAAGUUGGUCAAAGAGACAGCAGAUAAUGUAGAUGACGCAAUGAGGGAACUUCCAGAUGCUAAUUUGAAACCUGAAGAUUUAUGGGCUAAACACUCAAAAGUUGUCCUGCCAAAACCUCAUAUGAGGGAUAAUUCAUCGUGGAAAGCCAUCCAAAAGGUUUUGGAGGGUGGCGAAAAGAUUGGUUUGAAACAUUUCAAGCCUGUCAAACCUUUGGGAUCUGGUGACACUGGCAGUGUGCAUUUGGUGCAAUUGUUAGAAACGGGAGAGUACUUCGCAAUGAAGGCUAUGGAUAAGAAUGUCAUGCUUAAUCGCAACAAGGUCCACAGAGCUACUGCAGAGAGAGAAAUACUUGAUAUGUUGGAUCACCCUUUCCUUCCAACAUUAUAUGCAUCUUUUCAGACUAAGACACAUAUUUGUCUAAUUACUGACUACUGCCCUGGUGGAGAGCUCUUUUUACUUCUAGACAGGCAACCUAUGAAGGUCCUCAGGGAAGAUGCUGUUAGAUUCUAUGCUGCAGAAGUAAUUGUCGCACUCGAGUACCUGCACUGCCAAGGUAUAAUCUAUCGAGACCUAAAGCCAGAAAAUAUCAUGCUUCAGAGAGAUGGACACAUAGUCCUCACAGAUUUUGAUCUUUCAUGUUUGACAUCUUGCAAACCAGAGCUCCUGCUUCCCGAUUCCGUGGAUAAAAAGAAGCAUUCAAAAGGACGAAUUCCUCCGGUUUUUGUAGCUGAACCAAUGCGAGCUUCGAAUUCUUUUGUUGGGACUGAAGAAUACAUUGCACCAGAGAUUAUCACUGGAGCUGGACAUACUAGUGCUGUUGACUGGUGGGCUCUUGGAAUCCUUCUCUAUGAGAUGUUCUAUGGCUAUACACCAUUCAGAGGGAAAACAAGACAAAAAACAUUUGCCAAUAUUCUUCAUAAGGAUCUUAAAUUCCCUGCAAGUAUAUCGGUAAGUCUUCCAGCAAGACAGUUGAUGUACCGAUUGUUGCACAGAGACCCCAGAAAUCGACUCGGCUCGUAUGAAGGAGCUAAUGAGAUUAAACAACACCCCUUCUUUCGUGGAAUCAAUUGGGCUCUUGUUCGUUGCAUGGCUCAGCCAAAGCUUGACGCACCACUUUUCGAGGAUGACUCCGCAAAGGAAACUAAACUUGCAGAUGUUGAUACUCCAACAGAUAUGUUCUGAGAGAUGUAUUUUCUCAACGGUUCCUGCUUUUACUGAAGAACGUCUCACGAUCACUUGCAGUUAGGUAUGCUUUUGGUUGAGCUCUUCAGCCAUCUCAAGGGUUUUGAAUUCUCCCAGAAAAUUCCUGGUUUCUUCUUCCAUAUCAUCCUGAGCCAUCAUGAGCAGAGUCAGAAACUAAACACAGCGAUACGACGAAGUUUCCGUCAGCAAUGUAGUGCAGCAAUUUAAUUUUCUAGUCGAACGUUUAGGGUCCACUCCUAGCUCUGUUUAAUGUACAACUUAGAGGCAGCCUUUCCAGUCUGUAUGUAUUAUCAUUUGAGAUCUUCUAUUUUCAAUCUUUUCCAUGUAUUUUAUGUCAGCAUGUUUGCAGAAUAGUGUAAUGACUUUCAGAAAGUAGACCAUUAAAAUCACUGCUCUCUUUCACUA